UGUUGUGUGCUAGAGAUUGCUUUUUUCGUUAUCAAAAAAAAUGGGGAAAAAGAAGUUCAUUGACAAGAAGAAAGCAGCUACAUACCAAUUAUUCGCCCGUGAUUCUUCGGAUCCGGUUUACGAAUCCGGGUCAACCGGAACCGACAGGGUAUUCGUCAGAGUUGACAACAAUACCAACUACUCAAUCGCCGGCUUUGAUGAACCCGACCCGGAUGAUGACCCGAAUUCGAUAUUCGCGGAUGCUCUGGAAGAGGGUUGGGCCGGGUUUGAUUCGGGUAAUGGAAAUCAAAUACCAGAUGAUGUUAGAAAGGAGAUAUUGGAAUUAGGGUUUCCAGAUGAUGGGUAUAAUUAUUUAGAGCAUUUAAGGGAGAUUAAGAAUACUGGUGGUGGUUCUGCUUAUUAUGAGAAUCCUAAAGCUAAGCUUAAUGAACUUCCUCAUGAUGUUAAGGCAUAUGAUGCUUCAAAAGUGGAGGUUGCGAAAGUGAAUGAUGAUUCCAAUGAGAAGUAUGUAUACAAUGUGGCAGCCAAGACGGUAGGGGUAAGAGUUCAGAAGGCAGUGGAUCCUGAAGUAGCUGCUUUGCUAGAUGACAGUGAUUUGUCACAUUUUGGGUCUGAUGUGGAGGAUUUAGAGUUAGAAGAAGAUUUUGUGAUUAAGGCAAACCUGCACGAUGGGGCAGUUAAUGUGGAACUUGACAAGAAUGUAAGCUUGCCAGAGAAAAUGGACUCGGACAAAGUGGAAACCUAUGAUACGGCUGGGAAUGUACAGAGAAAUGAGGCUAAAUUUGCAACUUUUGAAGAGCAACCACGAGCACGCCGCCCUCUGGAUGAACAGUUUGAUCUGCUUGAACUUGAAGAGUAUGGCUCUGAAACCGAAGAUGAAUAUGAUGUUGAUAUGAUGGAGGAAAAUGAGUGUCCCGAAUCCCUUGCUGAAAAGCUUAAUCAUGCAUUUAAGGAGCGUGCCGUUGAUGGCUUGGGACUUGUUAAUAAUGGACCAGAUAAUGGGGAAUUGCUUGAACCUGAAGCUGAUGUCAUAAACCGGUGCAAAGAAUAUGCUGAGAAGUAUGAAAAUGAAAUUCCAGGGGAAGAGGUGGCUCUUUUUGAGGAAAGCAGCAGUGACUCAGAAGUAUGGGAUUGUGAAACUAUAGUGUCAACGUAUUCAAAUCUUGAUAACCACCCUGGAAAAAUUGUAGCUCCUGAAGGCAGGAGAAAAAAGCUGCUCCCUGCUAUUUCUGAAGCUUCGCCUAUAAUAUCCCUAAAGGGAAAAGAGAAGCUUCCUGUCGACUAUUUGCCUAGCAAGGGAAAGCAUGCUUUGAAAAAGGAGGAUAAGAAAAUGCAAGGUUCAGAAAAGGAGGAAAAGGAGAACUCAAACACAGAGCAACUCAAAAGAAAGCAACAUGGUCAAGAGUCAAAGGAGGAAAAGAAAGAAAGAAAGGCUGCUGUGAAGGAAGAACGGCGUGAGGCACGUCGUAUGAAAAAAGAGACAAAGGUGCUAUAUAAGUGUGAAGCACAUCGUGCUCAGAAGGUUGCUGCUUUUACUGGACCAUCUGCCAUACAUCUCAUGUGACAUCGUUUUGGUUAUGUGUACUUUAUAGUCGAGCAAUUGUCGAUCCUCUUUUGUGCGCCCGAAGUGGGAGCUCUUGAUUGGCACGUCCUCUUCAAUUAAAAAGACGAUGUUCGAAAGCUUUUCUCCUCUUAGAUGGUAUAUAAUACAUGAUAGUUCCUCAAGACAGUUCGCAGCUACGUAAACGGAUGUGCGUGGUCAAGCAGAGUUGCAGCUUGAUGCAUUUUUGUUUAAUUAAUUGGUGGAAUGCAGAGUGUUGACAUGCUAUAUAAGCUUGCUUACAGUUUAUGAUGUUAUUGGGGUUUUAACGUUCUCAUUAGCUUUUUUAACAGUUCGCAAAAUGUCCUGCAUUUAAUUUUGAAUGAGUUUCAUUCCUCUAAAGUUUAUCAUUGUGGAUUGGAAUUGGAUCCUUGGAAUUCCUCUGUUCUUCUAGUGCUCAGCUAUAUUUGCAAUAUGUUUAUUCAUUAUAAAAAUUUGAAGUAUCUGCUCACAAGUAAAACCUGUAUAUGGGAUCAUUUCAUUUGUGGCUUUUGUUGAA